AUGCGUCAAUGGCUCAGUGCUCGGCAUGUUACAAGACAGUUCAAGGACUCAGGGUAUCCCAGCGUUCGUCCAGAGUCUGCCAGUGAAGUGUUUGCUAAAGGUGUAUCCUCUGUGCCGGUGUUUCUUCGGUGUUUCCCUGGUGAUCUUGGGAGGUGGGUCAAAAGGUCGAUUAAGGCUUAUUUCUCAGAGAAAUCUGAAGAUUAUACGUGGACUCAGACGCACAGCUUCUUUGUGCUGAUGGGUGGUUUCAUGCUUUACGUGGACGGGGAACCCUACCUUACACUACGUCCUGGUUAUAUUCUCGAACUGAUACGUAAAGAGUGUAUCGACGCCCCUACCCUAACGGAAAAGCAGAUCCACGACAAGAGCAAAGGCAAUGCGAUAUCGAAAGGAUUGAUCAUGCUUCAAGUGGCCUGGUUUAUUAUGCAGCUCAUCACCCGCGCUAUCUAUCGCCUCGAAACCACCCAGCUCGAAGUGGGGACACUCGCUUUUGCAGUUCUCAAUUUCCUCACUUAUGCUGUGUGGUGGAAUAAACCUCUCAAUGUGCAAUGUCCACAUCCAGUGUACUGGAAGUCAACCGAGUCAAGGCCAGAGGAUCACAUUGAUGAAGAGUAUGAUCUUGGAUCCAGUCCUCCGCUUCACUCGGUUUGGGAUUUUGGCUCAAGUAUUCGGCCCCCAAUUGCAGAACUGAUAGGCUUGCCUCAUAUUCCCACAUCUCGAAAGCUCCGAGUUCCAACAUUUGAUGGCAGCAUCAAACUCCAAGGUUCGAGCAAGACGGUUCUUCGGCUUGCUGCACUGCUUAUGGCAACCAUAUUUGGCGGCAUCCAUUGUAUGGCUUGGUUUUUUGCCUUUCCCACAUACCAGGAACAGGUGCUAUGGCGCAUCAGUGCCGUCGCUAUAACUUUCACACCUGUGUACAUCCUGGGGUUUGCAUAUGAUCUGAUUUGUCUCGCAUUCGUCAUGUUGUACAUCACAGCUCGUGCCGUCCUCUUAGUAUUUAUGUUCACCACUUUGCGCGAUCUUCCUCCUGACGCAUACAAGGCGGUGUCUUGGACUAGUUUUGUGCCGCACUUAUACAUGACGCGAACCGAACAAACUCUGUCCAAGUCUUACUUGAACUUGCUCAUCACCAUGGACAACAGCGAAAUAGGGUUAUUUGGUACGCUGCGGCUGAUGAAACGGAUGACCGAUGAGCAGGUAGCAGCAUCCUUGAUCGAUGAGGAGACAGUUACCUUUGGACGCGACCCGGCAUGCACUAUUACCCAGAGAUCAAUACUCUGCACGCGGACAUUGCAAAUGUUUCCGAAAAGAAAGAAAUUAACCAUUUACGCUGGCAAGCUUUCAAUCCUCGUCGUCUUUGGCGAAGCAUGCCUCACCAUUGACGGCUAUGAUGGGAGUGUACAGUUGGCGUUUUGA